AUGAUGCUCAUCUUCGCGCUCGAAUGGGGUGGAACAAAGUAUGCUUGGAGCAGCGCCACAAUCAUUGGACUCUUCGUUGGCUUCGGUGCUACACUCAUCGUCUUUGUCGUGUGGGAACAUCACGUCGGUGCUGAGGCCAUGAUACCUCUUCACAUCAUACGCAGGCGUGUCAUUUGGAGUAGUUGCUUGUACAUGCUAUUCUUCAUUGGUUCAGCCCUAACAGCGAUUUUCUACCUGCCGUUGUAUUUCCAGACGGUACGCAAUGCGUCACCAACGAUGAGUGGUAUAGAUCUUCUACCUUCUAUCAUUGCCACUUCAAUAUUCAGCAUUGUUGCUGGUGGACUAACGGAGAAACUUGGAUAUUACACACCUUGGGCCAUUUCUGGUUCGAUUCUAGCAGCCAUUGGCACUGGACUCUGUUCAAUGUUCAAUCCUAAUACAAGCAUCGGAGUUUGGAUUGGGUUCCAAAUCAUCAUGAGCGCUGGGCGAGGCCUUGGAUUCCAGACCCCGAUUAUUGCUGUCCAGAAUCACGCUUCGAAGGAAGAAAUUUCGGUUGUCAACGCCCUUGUGGUUUUUGCACAAUACCUCGGCGGGGCAUUAUUCUUGUCUCUGGAUAAAAAUGUGUUUACUAGCGCAUUGAGACACUACCUUCAUGUCCUCGCCCCCGAAGUCGAACCCGAAUUAAUCAUCAAUCUGGGUGCAUUGGGCGUCAAACAAGUGCAGCCUGAAACGACGCAAAAAGCUGUUAUCUUGGCCUACAGCAAGGCCAUUGAGCGCAAGAUGUACCUUGGAGCUGCGUCCGCUGCUUUUGGGUUGCUAUUCGCUUUCGGAAUGGGCUGGACUAAUAUCAUCAAGAAAGCAGAAGCUGAUAACUUGGCAAAGAUGGAGGGGGAAGGAAAAGCCUCGGAGAAGUCAACGGAGUCUGGGAGUGCUCACGGCAGCAAAGAGGAAAUGUCCUGCAAUCUGCAAUUGGUCAAUCACUCGCAGGAGCACCGAAAGCUGUAG